GCCUUUGUACAUAGUUUACUUCAAUUUCUAGAUGUAUCUGCACACAGACCUAAUUGAAUUAUGAAUAUACGGUUGACGACAAUUUCAUCGAACGAUAAUUAGCUCGAACGGCCCUACUCCGCCGAUCUCAGUCGCGUCGCAUGCCGACCGCAUGAUGCCGGAGCAUCCCCGACCUGCCCAUUCUUCGCUCUUAGUCACAAGUCGAUAAUUUAUCAGACAUGAAGCGCUCGUCCUCUGAUGCGGGCCUGGUAUCGCCCGGACGCGAUGACCGCCAUCCUUCCAUCGUCCGCGAUGGACGACUACCACCGAAGAUCUCCAAAGCCCGCGCCUGCGCGGAGUGCAAACGUCAUAAGAUACGCUGCGAGUUCAAAGCAGGGGAAACCAGCUGCAACAAGUGUACACGCAGCGGAAUCAAAUGCGUAGUGAACGAUUUCUCACAAAAGUUUGUUGACGAUGAUGGCGUAUGGAAAUCUCAGGCCGCCGCCACCAUUCAGCAGCUUCAGGCAGCUGUUUCGCAUCUCCUUCGUCAUGAUGGCCUACCCGAACUUUCAUCCUACCCAACAGGCGACCCCCAGAAUGGCCCAAGUCCAGUCGCAUCACACCGACCUUCGCUCGAUGACGUACAGUCAAUCUCCAAUCACACGAGUCAGCACGGCCUGGGCGUCGUUAUGGACGUGACUCGAGAGCCGUCCCAAGAACCAGAUCUACAAGACCGGGAGCUGGUACCGGCACCUAUGCGUAGUCUCUACGAGGUCACUAAGCUGCGUAACUUACGGAACAACCCCGUGGAACAACCAAAAUUGACCCUGUUGGAGGAAGACUUCAUCUCCCGGGGAGUUCUCUCUAUCCGCGAAGCCGAAGAACUCUUCGCAUAUUUUAGCCGCACAAUGAACCAACUUCUGUGGGGAGGGAUUAUAUUAGUACACCGGGACCUUACAUCGGUGCGACGAGCGUCAACUCUGUUGUCCGCGGCAGUCCUCACUGUUGCUGCACUUCAUAUACCCAACCGGACCGAAACGCUGAACCGAUGCUAUCACGAAUAUGUAGCGCUUGUAUCCAAUAUGUCCUUGACACGCGCUCACACACUAGAUGAUGUUCGUGGUCUUUGCGUCGGAGCGUUUUGGUUAUCGGAGCUAAGCUGGAAGCUCUCUGGGCAUGCUGUCCGUAUUGCCACGGAGCUUGGUCUUCAUCAGAGCUAUCAGAAAAUGACCCGUGGCCAUAGUGAUCAGUACGAACGUGCACAGCUGUGGUACCUACUCUAUGUUUGUGAUCAUCAUUUCAGUAUUGCAUAUGGACGACCUCCGGUCAUACACGAAGAUGCAGCCAUCAAGAAUUAUGAAACCUUCCUACAAUCCUCGAUGGUGGUUCCUGGCGAUAUCCGAUUGCUGGCACAAGUAGCCUUAUUCAUGAUCCUGACGGAAGCUUAUCGCAUGUUUGGAAGUGACACUGAGCAGGCCCUGACCGAAGAGGACUUUGGUCAGUUACGAGUCUACAAUGUGGCGGUGGAUCAGUGGCGGCUUCUUUGGCAACCGCGGUCAGCUGAUAGUCCUUACGUGCGGACGUAUCCUUCGAAAGGGGUCGUGCUCCACUACCAUUUUGCAAAAUUUCAGUUAAACUCCCUCUCCCUUCGUGCUCUGUCACCGUCAAACACGCCUGUCUUCUCCAUGGACCGCAAAGAGUCCGCUAAUAUUGCCAUUUCAUCCGCAAUGGCUUGCUUAAAUAUGGUACUGGAAGAGCCAGACAUUCGAGAUGCUAUCGUGGGCGUUCCCAUCUUCACCCACACGAUGGUUACUUUUUCAGCGGUUUUCCUUCUGAAGGUUGCGGUAAAUUGGAACUCGGCCUAUCUAAGCCUGGAUGGACGUGAAGUGCGGCGCCUAGUGGAACGAGUGAUUGAGCUACUGAACUGUGUUUCUGCGGGGGAUAGACAUCUGACGAGGCAUAUUGCACGCGGCUUGGGAAAGAUGCUAGAACGCUUCGAUUCCUGGGAAACCGCGUGGCAGGGUGGCGGACCGCCGGUAGGAGCGCCAGUUGACCGGAGCAGCAGCGAAGUACCGGGCGGCGCGAAUGCUAUGGCACAGGGAUUCCCACCGCCGGACCUGAUUUACGACAUGGUAGGCACGUACGGAUUUGGCCUCGAUGAAAAUUUGCUGGACCCUAGCAUGGCCAACUUUGAGUUUUUGGCACAUUGACAUGGUGACCUUUUCUUGGAUGGCAAUGUAUAUACUAUUACGAAGCAUACUUAUU